AUGCGUAGCCUCCAUUUGACAGCUCCCCUUCGACAGGUCCCAAUCACUGCAAUCGUCGCUGUAUUUCUUCAGUCGUCGCCGUCUACCUACAGUCGGACGUCUUCCCUCCUUCCGUUUAAGCUUCGUUCGUCUUCUCCGACCAAAAUCGUCAAGACAGCCGAACAAAUCGAUCAUCGUUCUUCACACACAAUAAAACAAUCGUCGAACGAAUCCAAAAUGCUUAAAUCGAUGUUUUCCUGUUGCAAAGUUUACAUAUCCGAGACACGAAACAAAUCUGCUCUGGAAUCAAUUGAACAAGCUGCAAAACUAUUUCCAGGGGCAGCCAUUGUCAAUAAAUUUGAAGAUGAGAAAUACAACAGAGUAGGAUACACACUUGUCUCAAAACACUCUCCAGAUUCAUGUCCCUUAAAGCAUGCUGUUUUCUCAAUGGUGAAAUCGGCUUUUGAAGCCAUUGAUUUUGGGUUGCAUACUGGAACUCAUCCGAGGCUUGGUGUUGUUGAUCAUAUCUGUUUUCAUCCAUUAGCUUCAACAUCACUUGAACAAGUUGCUGGAAUUGCCAAAGCUCUUGCUGUAGAUAUUGGAUCCAUACUUAAAGUCCCAACCUACACAUAUGGAGCUGCUCAUGACACGGAAAGAACCCUCGAUUCCAUCAGAAGGUCCCUCGGCUACUUCAACCCAAACACAACCACGCACCACUGGUCCGGUGGACCACGGUCCAUGGUUCUACCACUCAAACCGGACCAUGGUCCAGCCCACGCGGUUCAAUCCAAAGGCGUGAUCACAAUCGGUGCAACCAAGUGGGUCGAUAACUACAACGUGCCAGUGUUUAGCGCUGACAUGGCAACGGUUCGAAGGAUUGCGAAAAGGGUGAGUCAGAGAGGGGGUGGGCUCACUUCGGUUCAGUCCAUGGCUCUGGUUCAUGGUGAGGUUAUUGAGGUGGCUUGUAAUUUGUUGGACCCGGGUGCGGUUGGUGGUGACAGGGUUCAGGGUGCGGUUGAAAAGGUGGGUUUGGAGGAGGGUGUGGUGGUUGGGAAAGGGUAUUUUACUGAUCUUUCUCAAGAAGAGAUUAUUCAAAGUUACUUGGAUUUGAAUUGUGCUUGA